AUGACCGCAAUUGACUUGACCACCGACGGCGGCGUGACGAAGGAAAUCCUCACGGAAGGUUCCGGCGACCUUCCGCCCAAGGGAUAUGAGAUUCGAGCUCAUUACACGGGGACGUUGCUGGACGGGUCGAAAUUUGACAGUUCGCGCGACCGCAACCAAGUAUUUACGUUCGUGUUGGGCAAGGGCAACGUGAUCAAGGCAUGGGACUUGGGAUUUGCCACGAUGAAGGUCGGCGAACGCGCAAUCCUCACCUGCGCCCCCGAAUACGCGUACGGUGCGUCAGGCAGCCCACCGAAAAUCCCCGCCAACGCGACCUUAAAAUUUGACGUGGAAUUGCUUGGUUUUUCCCCCAAGAAGAAGGAGUUGUGGGAAAUGAGCGUCGACGAAAAACUCAAGGAAGCGGAAACGUCCAAGCAACAGGGCACGGCGUUCUUCAAGGCCGGCAAGUACGAGCAAGCGAACGACGCGUACUUGGAAGGCGUGAAGUACACGGAAAAAGACCACGAGUCGUCCGAGGACGAGAAGAGUCCGCUCAAGGACGUGCAAACGGUGCUGUACCUCAACAGUGCCAUGGCGUUGCUGAAGGCCCAAGACUACGCCGGUGCCGCGAGGUCUGCGUCCAAGGCUUUGAAGAACGACAAGAACAACGUCAAGGCAUUGUACCGUCGUGGUGUUGCCUUGCUCCACGGGAACGACUUGGACCGCGCGAAGGAGGACUUGACCGCUGCCGCCAAGUUGGACCCGCAGAACCGCGACGUGCGUCGGGAACUAGUCGUGUUGAAGGAAAAGCUGGCCGAGGCCAAAGUGGUUCAAAAGGGCGUGUACGGCGGCUUGUUCAACAAGGUGUCAAUCUACACGGACAAGGAAGUCGUGUUCAAGAACAUCUCGAUCGACGACGCGGACGACGAAGGCAAUCCGUUUGUGUGGUUUGACAUCACAAUUGACGGCGAGUUGGUUGGGCGCAUCCACUUUCAACUGUAUGCGAACGUCGUGCCCAAGACGGCCGAAAACUUCCGCGCGCUGUGCACGGGCGAACACACGAGCAAGACGUCGGGCCAGCAGCUGACGUUCAAGGGCUCGUCGUUCCACCGCGUGAUCAAGAACUUUAUGUUGCAAGGCGGGGACUUCACGCGCGGCGACGGCACCGGGGGCGAAAGCAUUUACGGCGAGAAGUUUGCCGACGAAAACUUCAAGAUCCACCAUACCCAGGCGGGGCUGCUGUCCAUGGCGAACGCCGGUCCCGGCACGAACGGCUCGCAAUUCUUCAUCACGACGGUCGAGACGCCGCAUUUGGACGGCAAGCACGUUGUGUUUGGUCGUGUGAUGGAUGGCAUGGACGUUGUCAAGAAGAUCGAAGCGCUCGAGACGGAUGCCGGCGACAAGCCCAAGGUCCCUGUCAUCAUCUCGGACUGCGGAGUGUUCAAGGUAGAAGAAUAA